UGUCUAAUUCUGGGAUGGCCGUACUGAAGCUUGGGGAAGGGUGAGGGCGGCAUUCUGGUCUGGGGCCCAUCCUACCUUCCGACCAGUGCCAGAGUCCAGGGACCCCAGGACACGCCUGCUGUACUGCUGGGGGGCGCAGGAGCAGAGACAGGUGCUGCAAGCCGUGAGCGCCCACGGCCCGCGCCAUGGGCUCGGACAUCUGGGUUGGGCCCUGGCGGCCACACCGGCCCCGCGGCCCCAUCUCGGCGCACUUCACAGGCCCCGGGCCCAAAUACAAGCUGCCCCCGAACACCGGCUACCUGCUGCACGACCCGUCGCGCCCGCGCGCCCCCGCCUUCACCUUCGGCGCGCGCCUCCCCACGCAGCGGACGACGUGCGGCCCCGGGCCGGGCCACCUGGUGCCCGCACGCACGACCGUGCGCGGCCGGGACGGCGCCCCCGCCUACUCCAUCCUGGGCCGGCUGCGCCACUCGGCGCCUUUCCUCACUCCCGGACCCGGCAGCUACUUCCCGGAGCGAGCUGGGAACGCGACGUACCCCAGCGCGCCUCGGCACAGCAUCGCUCCCCGAAACUGGGGUAUCAACGCGGAGCACCAGACCCCAGGUCCCGGGUCCUACACUGUGCCCUCGCUCCUGGGCCCGCGCGUCGUCGGCAAGGUCUCGGCCCCCACGUACUCCAUCUACGGCCGCGGCACAGUGGGCAGCUGCUUCGAGGACCUCAGCAAGACCCCGGGCCCCUGCGCCUACCACGAGGUGAACCCUGGAGUCUACAAGUCCCGGGCCCCCCAGUUCACGAUGCUACCGCGGACUGCAGUUCCCCAAGACAACACUCUCAAGCCUGGGCCCGCAGCCUACAACGUGGACCAGGUGGUCUGGAUUCCAGGGUCAAGGGUCGGAGGCGGGGGAUGAGGGUCUAAGGUCCGAGGUUUGGGAUCAGGGUUCCCGGGGGCACAGGGUCCCAGCGCGUGGCGG